GCCUUUGGCCUUGCCUCUCUCUAUCUGUGUUCAAUUCAACCUCCUGUUUCUCUCUCUAAAAGACUCCCUCUCUUUCUCUCUCUAGAAAGCCAUAAUACCACCACCAGUCCACCACCACCCUCCCUCUCCCCUCUCUCUCUCUCCAAAAACAAAAGAUAGAAAGACAACAACAAAUGGGAAAAGCGAGAAAUAAAAACAAAAGGUGGUAGAUGCAUGAGUCACAACACAAACAAUCUCCUCUUUUUCUCUCUCUCUCUUCCUCUUUACGCGCUCGCCACCUUCCCUUCCUUAAAAUCCAAAAUUCUCUUGCUUUCUUCUCCAUAGAUUCCGCUCUUCACUCCUUUGACUCUCCUCGCUCUCUUUCUCAGGUGUGAGGUGAUAUAGGAGAAGGGCAUCAAGUGACCGUUGUGCAUUGCUAGGAAGAUUGGUUGCAACUAUGGUGAGCUUAAGGAGGCGCAAACUCUUGGGAUUAUGCUCUGGGAGAAGUUCUGUCCUUACUCUGCUUCCUAGGUUUUCUGCCAAUGAAAUUGCUCCUGCAAAUUCUACACAGAACACCAGAUCUAACAGUGUGCAUCCUGUAGCUUCAGACGACAGAAAAAAUGCAGAGGGGGAUGUGAGUGUCAAAGGAGAACCUGGAUCAUCGAACUUAUCUGGUUCUGGCUUGUCUGGCUCUCAAAGAGAGCAGCAGAACCAACAAGUUGCAGGGCCACCUAUAAAACGCAGAAAGAGGCACAGAAGAAAGCAUUUUCAAAACCAGGAACCAUGUUUAAUGAGAGGUGUCUACUUCAAGAACAUGAAAUGGCAGGCAGCAAUCAAAGUUGACAAGAAACAAAUCCACUUGGGAACGGUCGGUUCACAAGAAGAGGCUGCUCGCUUGUAUGACAGGGCUGCUUUCAUGUGUGGGAGGGAGCCAAAUUUCGAGCUCUCAGAGGAAGAGAAACAAGAGCUGAGACAAUUCAAAUGGGAUGAGUUCUUGGCAAAGACCCGGCAUGCUAUUACACAUAAAAAGCACAGAAGAAGGGUUGGAGCUGAGCCAGAGAAGAUGUCUGAACCGUCGCCAUUGGAAAACGACGAUGACUUGGACAUCAAGAAUGAGGAUUAUGAUCUCUCCGGCUCAGAAGAGAUGGAGCCAGACAGUUCGGUCUCUUGAGAAUUAUGGUUCAGGCACAAUGCAUGGAUCUUCAAGUUCUAACAGUAAAGUUUCUAGCAAAUAGGCCUCCAUUUUUUGGGUGUAUAAAAGUCCCAUAUUAAGGGUCGAUCAUGGUAGAUUUCAUUAAUGUUUUAUGGUAUAAGCAAAUUCCCAAUAAAGAGUUCACUAUAGCAUAUACCUUAUAGUCGCCUAUGUCAGUUAAUUUAUCAUUAUCCCUGCUCCAGUAUACUAUUACUGAGAGCUAUAGUUAUUUAUUAUUAAAUUUUUUCUCAUUGUUGAGAACUUUCUAACUAAGUAUCUAUUCAUAUGUGCUUCUGUACUGAAAAUUUCUUUGAGAAAUUGGAUGCAGAGAAGGGAUCCUUUCGAGGGCAUAAUUAAUAGUUUAUUUAAUUUAUUUGAGUUAA